AUGACGUCCUUUGGCGCAACUAAAAUUUGCGACCUCACAUCUGAUGGAAAUAAUUUUGUAACUACGUUCAAAAUCCAAGGCCAAGUGUACCACAAGAUUGGGUCAUUAAUGCCAAUGCCUAAUGAUGAUCCAAAGUUUCUCCAAAUUUAUUUUAUGGGCAGUUGUGAGGAACGCGUAACAACUCGAGUAUCGCCUCAAUUAAGAAAUGAUAAUUAUCAAAUUGUCAUCAAAGCCGACAAAGUACCUGCAGGAGAACACGCUGGAAGGUUCAACGCGCCAACCGUAGAUGAAGUUGCUGUUAUUAUGGUUGGUGAUCCAGUUAACAACAGAGACCUCAAAAUCAUACCUUUUGCGAUGACUAUAAAUAAAUCUCAAGGCCAAACAAUGUCUAUUUACGGUUUGGAUUUGGAAAACACAUGUUUCUCACAUGGACAGCUAUAUGUUGCCUGCUCACGUGUAGGAAAACCAUCAAAUCUCUUCGUGUUAGCGAAAGACAGGUUAACCAGGAAUGUUGUACACAAAGUAGUACUUAGAUAA